AUGUUCUACCAAAACGGAAGAUUAAUCCAAGAACCCGAAUAUAGCCCUCGAAGAACAAAGUGGGUGAACGUAUUCUUCAACGCACGCGACUACAGAUGCGACGACCUCGCCAUAAUGCGCACAGUCAUCACUUGCAUCCGCACAAGAGUCGUCAGUAUCACUGGCCAUGCCAUGCAUCACGAUAUCCCGCUCUGUAUCUCGAUCCAGGUGCCUGGAGAACAUGAUGAUGAGGAGUCGAUUCUUGCUGCUGCAGAGCUAUCGGCGGAAUAUCUUCAAGCGGAGGUUGCUUUGGGUCACAACACCACAAACAAACCACAAGGUAAGCAACCCACCCCCGAUUCCCACAUUCAAGAUAUUGGAAUCCUCACCUCCAACCCGGGAAAGAUGCAGAGCAUGUUCUACUUCGAUGGGGAGCUAAUCCCAGAACCCGAGUACGACCCACGCCAAGUCAGCAACUGGGUGAACGUCUUCAUCAAGGCGCGGGACUCCGACUCCGACGACGAGACCCUCAUGCGCACAGUCGCAGCUUACAUCCGAACAAGCACCGCUUCCAUCUCCGUCCACGCUAAGCAUCAUGACUACCCCCUGUGCGUCUCUAUCAAGGUGCCCGGAGACUACCAUUCCAACAAGGCGUCUAUUCUCGCGGCUGCGGAACUGCAGGCUGACUACUAUUGCCAGGAGAUUCGGAAUGGGAGAGUGCGUAUCAAUCGGGCUUUGCUUUUCCGGCGUGAGGUGCAGGAUCGGGGUUGA